AUGCCUGAUCUAGACGCUGGGAAAUUGGUGCUGCCCCGCGAAUUGCGUCCGCAGGCCAUUUCCCACUGCCAUGAUCUUCCCCAAGCAGGCCACUUGGAGGUUGAUAAGACCUAUCGGCGUCUCUACGAGGCAUAUUAUUGGCCAAAUAUGUUUAGAGAUGUCGUGGCCUUUGUCCGCCACUGCGACAUUUAUCAACGCUGUAAGGUCAAUACCACCACACCAGCCCCCCAGACCGAGGGUUCAGCCCCAACCGUGGACCUGACGGGCAGUUCUCCACCAGCCUCUCCCCAAGGACCGGAGAUCAAGGAGGAAACUGGCCUCAUUACCAGCCAGCAGCGAGCCGCCCGCACCGCGGAGCUGGCUCUGGAGCGCAUCCUCUUCCCCGAGGGAAUCCCAGCGGAACUGGACGACUUUGCUCUCCCCGAGGACAGUGACGAUGAUCUCGCCUCGGCACACCCCCGGGAGGCCACGAAAGCCACCCCACAGGGCUCCCCGAAGACGAAGGACCCGCCUCCGAGAGGACCAUUGUCCCCCGUCACCGUCCUUGAGAAACUACCUCCAUCCGGAAACCCUGAGGGACUGCCGUCCCCACCAGCAGGAGAGGCCCCGAUCUACCUCCAGGAUUACUGGGACCCAGUAAGACUCUGGCUUUCUGAGAUGCGUAGCAUCGAGGAGCACCAUCCCGGCUUCACCGCGGCCUUGCACGCCUGCACACUGACACCGACCCACCACCUGUCAGGCGUCAGGUUCACCAUCCCUUCCAUUCCUCUGGAAUCGGUGAGUGGCGAAUUCCCACAGGAUGACAGUGAGGAGAAACUCCCGGAGGCUGCCUCCGUGGCUCGAUCAUCCGAACGGGCACCGACCCCGCCGGCUCAUCCGAUUGUGAAAAUCGGCUCUAGCUCCUCGAGCUCCAACUCAUCCAGCUCCACGAGCUGCAGCAGCUCGUCUUCCGAGUCCGGGGACUCCCUCAUCCCCUGUCCAGAGCCCGAGGAAGGGGACCCAGGCCGUCCAUCAGACGACCUAGAGGACCAGGAGGUUGAGUUGGCCCCCAUCAUCACGCCGCUCACCAACCCACAAGCCGGCGAAAGGACCCCACCACAUCCGCCCCUCAAGGCAGUUGAGGAUGGCAAGAAGCCUCCAGAAGUCACACCUCCGGGGUCCAGGAGUGCACUUGCCGCCGUGGCCAACCAUCCGGGCAAGCCAGCCCGGGCUCCUGAAUCCGCCGCUAGAACGGCAGAAGCACCCCCUCGGCAGGCAGCUGUCCACUCACCCAAGGACGCGGCACCCGACACCCGCCGCCCCGGUCUCACGACAAAACGAGGGCCACCCAGAAGACCAUCAGGAGGGAAACGGAGGAAACCUCGACACUGGUGUUUCGACUGCCGUCGACAUGGCCAUACACACCAGGCCUGCCCAAACCCGACGGGGGAGAUCUUCUGUGGACAAUGCCCACACCGUCUGCGAGCCGACAGGGUCUGCCCCGAGCACGGCCCAGUGGCGCAACCUGCUGGUGGACGAACAACAGGAUACUCGGAGAAGGCAACAGAGACUCCCCGGGCAGCCUUACCUCCACGAGCCGCCCCGGCUCCAUCCGGCGCUGCACCACGCUGCCCCACGGCCAGCGCAACCAGUCCUCCCCAGGAGUACUCGGACUCUCACCCUCGACGGGAGAGGCCCCGCCAGAGAUCACCCUCGCUGCCCAGGAAGGGGCGAACAGAGGACUACUGGGCUCCCUUCGGGAGGACCCCUGUCCAACCCGCAGCAGUCGGACUGGCUUAUCCGCUCCCCCGGGAGGAGGAAGCUCCAGAAGAUUCGGGGCUCCGUUUCUUCUGGCAGCCACCAGACAGAGCACCCACCUCGCUGGCCUAUCCCCAGAAGUAUGGGAGCAGAUCCGCAGGCAGAGGACGCGGCUACGACACCCAGGUCGGCGCUGCAGCACUGGGGACGUCAACCCUGGGUCGGGGAACAAACGCCCGUUUCGGGCCCCCAACAACGACUCCUGGACCCCGUUGGCCCCGGGGGACCCUCGAGGCCCUUCAGAGCAUCCUGGACCAGGCCCGGCGCGACCAGCAGCUGAGUCCAGAGCCCGGAUACUACCCCCAUUAA